AUGGACACAGAGAAUACGAAGAUAAGUGGCACUUCUUCUGUGCCUUUGCACGAAAAUGCUUAUCGAAGUUUUGGCUUUCCGCCAUCGCUACCAUCACCAUCUUCAUCUAUCUCAGAGUUUGCCAUGGAUCCUAAUAUGAAUCCUCCUUUAGAUAUAACUUCAUUUACCCCAGUUGCAUUUGGAUCCUCAGAAUUACUUACAAAUUCGCUAAUCUGCAAAAGGACGAAGAAGGAAAGGAACAGUGUCAAGCCUCAUCCUAAGUCCAUCAUGCAUCUCUUAACCUUGACAACAAUACCUCAACACACGGGAGUUUCUGCGACCAACCAGAGUAGUCUUGCAGGACUUCCAGAAUCAGCAUCUCAAUCCAACUCUGCAGCUCCAAUUCUAGGAGUUGCAUCGCGGAAAAGUAUUCCUGAGAAUAAAUACUCGAACGGAAUGGUGGCAUCUGAAUAUAAUAAGUUGAGUGCGAUUGUUGACAGACAUCAUGCAGGUCUUCCAAUAUUACAGCCCUCUUCGUCUCUGCCCUCGCCAAUUACGAGCGGUGGUUCAAGUAUGAACACGAUUAGUUGCAAGGAUCAAUAUGUCGGCCCAUUGACGAUAUCUGGUCACCCGGGUUUAUUUGCGACCUUGCGCAAGACAUUUACAGAGGAUACAGAAUCGUCUUCCCUUCCGCCGAAUGAACAAUCUAGCUUGAUUUUUGAUACAGAUGGCACUACAUACAAACCACUCGAAUCAUCAAAGGCAUGGAAAGUGACGAGAGUUUGUGAACUGUUGCUCAGAGCUGUUGCAAACAUCGAACCUGAUAAUGUCGAAGGCCAUGUCGAAAUUCUGGAUUUCUAUUUACAAGAGUACCCUUUGCAACGCUUGGUAAUUUUAAAGGCUCUUGAAAAUGCUGGGAACUAUUUUCGCAAAUUUUCCAAAGCUAUGUCUGCCCAUUCAAGUAAACCAUACAGAGAGCAGUGUAUGCUAAGUGAUAAUUUCAAAAAAGAGAACCCGAUACCUUCAGUUAUACGUCCUCUGCUACCCUUCGCAUCUAUAGCAGCCCGCUACGUCAGAAAUACUAAGUCUACUCAUCGAGGAGGAAAAUCAUCACUGCACACCUAUCAAUACCAUUUCCAUAACGAAUAUAGAUGCGAUAUCAAGCAUGAAAAUGAAAGUUUCCCGUUGGGUUUCAAUCCAAUCUUGAUGCACGCUCUCGGAAAAUGUAGCAGACAUCGUCUUCGAAACGAGAAGCAAAAGAGACAUAAGAUAUACAUGAAACAGGUCAAGAAGGGAUUGUCGCAUGUGCAUAGGAAUCCGUUCUUGUCCGAGGAAAUCAUCAAGGAAUGUGGGGGAGAAAGUUAUGCAGAGCUGGAAGGCAGAUUCGAGAUGGAUGACAUGAGAAAUGCUGCAUAUUGGGAGAUGACUACUCGACAAAUUGAGGAGAAGCCUACUCGAAAAGAUAGAUAUUCUGUUUUCAGGGAACGUCCGUCGCUGUUAAGGGAGGAACUGCCAAAAUUAGACGAUCAUUGGAUUCCUGACUCUCUGAUGCCAUAUAUGAAGAUAUCUGGACAAAUUAGGUUAAUCAAGUUCGAAUCAGAAAUCGUGCGAGCCAGCAAGCGCAAGCAGGAUACUGAUAAGGAUGCAGAGGAAGAGGAAAGAGAAGUUUAUGAAUCUCGAUGCAAAGCUAGAAAGCCCGAUUCUAAGAAAGUGGAAGCUCGGGUGGCUCAAUGGGAGAGGAAAUAUAAUGCAGCGAAAAAGCAGACCCUGAAGGAAUAUGAAGGAAAGAUGAAAGAAGAAGAUGAAGAAAUGCGGAAAAUAACUGAAGAAAAGGAAGCUGAAGAGGAACGGGAACGAUUACGGGAGGCGCAAGAGAAGAGAAUCAGGGAGAAGGCCAUCCAGAGAAAGGAAAAGGAUGAGCGAUUGUAUAUGGAACGAGAGCGUUCAAAGGUCCGUGCAAAGGAGGGACGGGAGAGGUGGAAAGAAAAGAGAGAUAAUUUGAGAUGGGAAAAUAGGGAGAGGUCUGAUUGUCGUGUUACACAAGCAUGGAUAGAUCUAGGUGCUGAUCUGGCUCGUGUUGGAAGUUGGGAUUGA